AUGGCUUCGUCUUCCGGUCCCAAGCCUUUAUCUACGCCAGAGGCCUUUGUUUUGGGCGGCCUUGCUGCAUGUUGUGCUGUAACUGUAUCGAAUCCGGCAGAGGUAGCGAAGACGCGCCUCCAAUUGCAAGGAGAGUUGGUGAAAGACAAUUCUAAGAGAGUAUACAAGAACACUCUCGAUGUUCUGGUCAAGACGACCCGAAACGAAGGUAUCCGAGGCGUACAGAGGGGACUGGCACCAGCCUACGUGUACCAGAUCCUUGUAAACGGUGCACGAUUAGGUUUCUACGAACCGUUCCGACAAACAACAAACAGUUUUAUCGGCUUGUCACCCACGGAACAAAACACUGCAACUUCUGUGCUUGCUGGCGCAACGAGUGGUGCUGUAGGAGCCGCCUUAGGCAACCCCCUAUUCUUGAUCAAGUCCCGCAUGCAAGCGUACUCUCCCAGUCUACCCGUGGGCACCCAACGCCAGUAUAGAAAUUCAUUCCAUGCACUUUCAUCAGUUGUCAGAGAAGAAGGGCUCCGGGGUUUAUUACGAGGAACUAAUGCAGCUGUCCUAAGGACCGCUAUGGGAUCAUCAGUCCAAGUUCCCUCUUACAUGUGGACAAAACGCCAACUCGUAAAUAGGGGUAUUUUACCCGCAGAAAGCUUUUGGACGUAUCUAAUCAGCAGCUCUGUCUCUGGACUUUUCGUCCUUGCAAUUAUGCAACCGACAGACACUGUCCUUACACGGAUGUACAACCAACCUACGAAAACAUUGCCAAACGGAAAAAUCGUGGGCUCUCUUUACCGGAAUCCUAUAGAUGCGCUGUGGAAAAUUGCAAAGAUCGAAGGUGUCUUGGGCUGGUACAAAGGCACAGCGGCGCAUUUCUUGCGUAUAACACCACACACGUCCGUUAUCUCCUUCUCUUUCCCUCGCAUACCUUGA